AUGACAGACUUAGUGGAUGCAUAUCUCACCUGGAAGAAUGGUGCAGCACCUCCAGACGAAGCUUCAAGCACACCACACGGCAAUGACAGCUCACAUUUUCAGGGAUUUAUUGGUUGCUCUCCUCUCCAGCCAACGGUUGCCAUCUCGCUUGAUUGCCUGGAGGUUUAUCAUCAAAUACGACGUCACAAGGCAUCAUUCAGUGUACAGGCAAUGGUUAAGACAUUUCGCGAUCAGUUUGCUGUAGUGUUUGAUGCCUAUCUGAGGAUCUUGUCGCUUGUCCAGAGUCAUGUUGAUCGUGCUCUUGGUCGUGAUAUUGCUAACUGGCGUAUGCUCAAUUCUUGCCCAGCGUGUCAUUUCAAGCAACUGCAUGAACCUGCACUAGACCCUGUGUACCUGGGGAGUAUGGAUGGCAACAAUUUAUUAAAAUGUGUCGACGGUUCAGGGCAUGCUGAUGAACGUAAAUUCGAAUCUUUAUAUCUCGUACCGCCGGAGGAAGUUGAAAAAUUCAAAGAUGAUGUUCGGUUGCGGCCAGGUACACGCAUAGGUCCCGAUCCCACCCCAACUGCUACCUCUGAUGAGUCAAAGUGCACGGAAAACUGGAAGACAGCUAACACAAUCUCUGAGAACACGGUAAAAGUCUUUGACCAGACUGGCAUAUUCAUCAGCGCUUGCCGUCAUGGCUUACUGCAGACCUUGGUUGAAAUGCGAAAAAGCAGAGAACUUGCUAAAUAUGCUCUUGCGACUACCAACAAGAUUCUGGAUGUCUACGGACCCCACAGUGCAACAGGCUAUGACAUUGGGUGCUCGUACAGUACGACAGUAGCGAGGAGCUCGAUAUCUGCCAAGGCAGCAUCUCUUCAGCAUCGUUUUUUGGUGAACUCAUUUCACGGCCAUGCACAUAAUCGCCGCUGUCAAUUAGAGUUUCAUCCUUUGUACCAGAAAGGACUUGGCCUUGAAGAUCUUGAAACCUGUGAGCGCAUCUUCUCUGCUUCGAAUGCUGUUUCUCCCGUUAUUCGUCAUGCUGCAUAUUUCCACUGGCUUCAAUUCAUAGAUCUCCACUUCGAUCAGUGGGACCGAGACAAAUACCUCGAGCUAAGUAAAUUUUUAUGUGACAAUUACAAGCAAGCACUUCACAUUAUUGAUGAAUUCACACUGACUGUGGAAGAGCUCAAGACUCAGCUCGGGAUUUCAGAUGCAGAGUUCGAGCAUUGGAAUGCAGAGGAGGCCGAGUACCUUGAGAACCUGAAGAGAGAACCAGACUUCGACAUUCAAAGUACCGCAUACGUUGAGGCACUUCAGGCAUUGUCGGUUGCUGAGGCCAUGUAUGGCCGCAUAACAUCAGUUCAAUUUCUCAUGUUCACGCCAGCCGAUUUCACACAGUACGAAGGCCUUCACAAAGGGCCACAGGGCGCUGCGAGAGCUGCAGAAGCUGAAUUGGUCUUGGAAAUAAAUACAGUAGAUGACCUGGAACGGUGCAUGGGCAUUGUGGAGUGCUGGAUGUCAGAACAUGAGGAGUAUAAACGAGCGUUGGAAUAUCUGAACAACCGACACUUCAUUCGAGUUGUUGAACAGCUUGAAGGCUUAGUUGUACAGCGGUUGUUUGAGCUGGCAAAGUCCAAUCUUGCAGGCACAGGUUACAAACUAUGCCAGCAUAUCUCGAAUGCAAUAAUGAGGCAUUCAUCUGCAAUUCGCACUGCACUAGACAAAUAUAAUCAGCUCGCUCUGCUUCAGCAUCCGCCAUGUCCGACCCUCGAGUACAGUGAGGUUGCGUCCUAUGGUUGGUUGGGAGAGUUUGAGCUCCUCAAGCACUCUCGCCAUGACUUACUUUCAAAACCAUGGGCUUUGAAGGCAAACCGAGAAGUUGCUAGCAAGCACUUCAAAGUUGUAAGGGCUCAUGAGGAGAUAACUUGUCUCAACUUCGAGAUUGCGUGGCUCCAUGCAUGGAUCGAUCAAGAGGAUGCUCAUCUUUCAUCAGUUGCCGCCUCACUUCUCGCAUCCAAUCCACUACUCAGUCGAGAAGUUCAACAUCGAUAUGAAGAACGCCAUCGGGUGAACAAUGUUCACCGUGCAAGACUACAAGUCAUUUAUGACCUACCAGGUUACACCAGAGAAGGAGCACUGGCGAAGUAUCGCAAAGGAGUGGUAUGCUCAAUUUGGGCCUUGUGGAUACCAAGCGUCAAACCAUCUUCUGAUCAUCCCACCGCACAGGUAUACAAUUCACCAAGCCCGAGCAUUGGCGUUGUCACCACGCAAAUGAUGGAUGUCAAGCCAGAGAAGGAGCGCUGGCGAAGUAUUGCAAAGGAGUGGUAUGCUCAAGACCUUGCGGAUACCAAGCGUCAAAUCAUCUUCUGAUCAUCCUACUGCGCAGGUAGACAAUUCACUGAGCCUGAGCAUUGGUAUUGUCACCAUGCGAAUGACGGAUGUCGAGCCAGAGAAGGAGCGCUGGCGAAGUAUUGCAAAGGAGUGGUAUGCUCAAGGCCUUGCGGAUACCUCUGGU